AUGAUGAUAUUAAUUGUGGCAUUUGCGAAAGUAUGGUAUGAUAUAUACGAUAAUAGACGUGAACAUGUAGCAAGUGUUAUAUUACGUAAAAGUCAUUUAAGAAGUAAAAUUCAACAUCGUGUACCUGAAUUUGAAAUUAUUGAUAGUGAUGAAACAACAAAUAUUGGAAGAAUGUAUCCAUUUUCAACUGAUCUUGAAAGAUCAGAAUAUGGACAAGCUGUAGCUGUUAAAAUUCCACAUGAUAUGAAAGUUGAAACAAAGGCAACAUUAUUAAUGGUAACACUUAUUCUUGUACGUAUUUUUUUUUGUCUAUAA